AUGUCGCUCAACGUCAACCUCUCGUCGAGCGCCAUUCGCGACGCCUACGAAAAGGUGCUCGACGGUGCCAAGGACUACCUCGUACUCACCUACGAAAAGGCCUCCAACGAUCUCCGUGUCCAAGUGGUCGAGAACGGCGAUCUCGACGAUCUCAACGAAGAGUUCUCUGAUGGACGCAUCCAGUACGCGUUCGCUCGAGUCAAGGACCCUAACACGCAGUUGCCCAAGUUUGCGCUCAUCAACUGGUGCGGUGAUGGUGUGCCCGAGAACCGUAAAGGUCUUUUCGCGACUCACUCGUCGGCAGUAGCGCAGUACCUCAAAGCAUACCACGUCAGCAUCAAUGCAAGAUCCGAAGGCGAUGUGGAUCCCAAGGUCAUCAUGCGCAGGAUUGCGGAGUCGUCUGGAGCAAACUACUCGGCUGCUGGGAAAGCCGCCAACACGCACUCGGGUGGGCCGAUCGGGUCGGUAGGCUCGAGUUACAAGCCCAUCGGAACUCCGGACAUCAGAGGCAUGCAGAAGACUGCUCCCAAAGAUACCAUCGCUCCCGUGGGAUCCAACUAUGCAUCUAAGCGCGAUGAGCUGCAACAGAUCCGAUCUGGCACAGCGCCAACACCUCAGCUUCCCAGCGCUCCUCGCGUCAACGCGCCGGCUUUCGACUCUGCCCCUGCUGCUCCGACGCCAGCUCCAAAAGCCGCUGCUCCUCCAGCACCAGCUGCGCCAGCCGCCAAACUGGCAGUCAGCAGCGCGCCAUCAGUCCCACCUGCACCUCGACCGGAGACAUCGUCGGCACCACCGAAGCCUGCCGAGGACGACCGCAUCCAGCCAGUCGGCACCGCCUACCAGCCCGUCAGCUUGGGCAAGCCUGGUAAGCUGAACAUGGCCAACCGCUUCCCCUUUGGUGGCCAGGACGAUAAAUCGUCUGCGUCGGCUGCUGCACCUGCACCACGCGUCGCCUCGGGAGGAACGUCCGGUAAGCUUACGUGGAGCCAGCGACAGGAAGCAGCACGCAAGGAACGAGAGGAGGAAGAAGCACGCGUCAAGCAGCUCUCGUCGGGGAUGCGAACCGCCAGCUUUGGAACGGGUGCAGUGGGUGCAGGGUCUGCUCCUGCUCCUGCUGCUCCUGCUACUCCUGCUGCUCCUGCUGCUCCUGCUGCGCCACCCGCACCGGCGGCGGCGGAGCCGGAAGAAGAAGCCGCGCCCCCGGCACCCCCUGCUCCUCCCGCUCCGCCAGCUGCCCCGGCUGCUGCCGAUGUAGGAGGAGCAACAAAGCAGCUCGAGUCGACGCAUCUUUCGGGUGCUGGUGCACCACCGAGCAGCGGCGGUCUGCGCGGCCGAGUGGCAUGGGCGUACGAAGCAGCCGAAGACAACGAGUUGACGCUGGUCGAGGGCGCCACCAUCUCCCACAUCGAACAGAUCGACGAAGGAUGGUGGUCGGGUGUGGACGAGCACGGUCAAGAAGGUCUGUUCCCUGCCUCGUACGUCGAACUGAUCGAGGAUGAUCCUGAGACACAAGAGGCAGCUCCGCCGCCUCCACCGGCUCCUCCAGCACCGCCUGCUGCUCCUGCUGCAGCAGAAGCGGAGGACGACAUCCCACCUCCUCCACCUCCGCCGCCUGCACCUCCUGCAGCAACGGCAGCGCCAGCUGCUGUUCACGAAGAGGAAGAAGCUGCCCCUCCACCGCCGCCGCCGCCUCCCCCUCCUCCUGCAGCAGCAGCAGCAGCAGUGGACGAACGCGGCUUGGUCUGCACAGCCAUGUACGACUUUGACGCGUCCGAGGACAACGAGCUCAGCUUUGCAGAGGGCGACACCAUCGUCCAUGUCGACGACCAGAUCAGCGACGAUUGGUGGAGCGGCACCAAUGAGCGUACCGGCGCGCAGGGGUUGUUCCCCGCAAACUAUGUCGAGCGAGCUUGA